GAUACUUCAUUAUUUGUUAAACCUGAAGAUUUCCACACAAUUACUUUGAAUAUUAUUUCAACUUUAUCAAUAAAUAACAGCAAUGCUGUCGAUUUCGAUCCCUAUAUUUUAUUUGCAUCCUGUGAUAAACAAACAAAAAAAGAAAUUUGGAGGUUUAAAAAAACUUAUUCUCAAAUUUAUGAGUUGGAUAUCGAAAUUAGAAGCACUCUUGUGGAUUCCUUUACAUUGCCUCCCAUUCCAGAUAAAUCUUUGUUUAUCACAAGUUUGCCAAUAAAGAUUGAUCAAAGAAGAACAGGAUUAAACGAUUAUUUCAAAACCUUAAUUAGUUUAAACAACCUUCCUUAUAAACUAAUUUAUAGAAUUUGUAAAUUUAUUUCUUUAAAUGUUAUAAAUCCUUUGGAUGAUGUGGAAUUCAAUUUUAAUUCCAAUGUUUCAUCUGGCUUAGAAAUAGAAGGUGGUGAGAACCACGACAUUAAAAAACACGGAUAUUUGAUUAAAAGAUCUAAAGCUAUUUCUGGAAAUUCAUGGAAAGUUAGAUAUGCUAAAUGUGAUGGACCUUCAUUAGACUUGCAUCUGUCUAUUGGGGGGCAGUUGGUUGAGUCAAUUCGAUUACCAGGGGCACAAAUUGGAAAACAAACCACAGAAUCUUCAAAUAAUUCCAACACUUCUCCAUACCGAGAUAAUUCAAACGAAAGUCAAAUAGCAGGUGCAAAUAAAGGUUAUAGACAUGCAUUUUUGAUCAUGGAGCCCAAAAAAGCAACUCUAAGCUCUAAUCCAUUUACAAGACAUAUAUUUUGUUGUGAGACAGAUGAAGAAAGAGAUGAAUGGGUAAAUGCUCUCAUUGAUUUUACGCUGCUUGAAACAUCAACAUCGUCAGAAAAGUUUAAUAGCUCGGAAUCGAUAUUGUUUAACGAUAAUGCUAGUAGACAUACUCACUCUCGAGGAAAAAUGAAGAAAAGAAAUUUCUUUUCAAAUUUUAGAACAAAACAUAGACCAGCAGUCUCUUUGUCACAGCAAGAACAAUCAAGUUCUAGAAACAAUAGUGAGAAAAACUAUAAUCAUGGAAAACGAGGCACAAGCGUUGGAGUCUCUACUUUGUUGAAUUUUCCUAUGAAUAAUGAAGAUUCUAGUUCUAGUAAAAAAAAUGACAGUGAAAGUGUAUUAUUACAACCAGUUACUCAAUUGUCUCAACUGAAUGGAAGCAAUGACCAAUUACCAACACCAAACAUGCCAAUCAAGUCUUAUCAAUAUCCAAGAUCAUUGUCAAACACAAAUAUCAAGUCGAUUCAAGAAACACUUAAUAACAUGAAUCUUUCUGAGGGCAAUCCCGAGCACCUCUUUGGAGUUGAAAUUAACAAGGCUUUUAAAUUAUCAAGUCAUUCUUAUAAAGGGAAAGAUAUUCCCAGUAUUAUUUUUCGAUGCAUUGAUUAUUUGAAUCAAACUGGUGCUAUAUAUGAAGAAGGGUUAUUUCGGGUUAGUGGUUCGUCAACAACAAUCAAAAAUUUAAAAGAGGAGUUUGAUUCAAAAUUUGACUUAGACCUAUGUAAUCCUAAAUAUCGUCCUGAUAUUCAUUGUAUUACAGGAUUAUUGAAAUUAUAUUUGAGAGAGUUACCAUCCCCAUUAAUAUCUGCUACAAAUUUGGCCUCUUUUUCAAGUGUGAUAAAGGAUUAUGAGUUUUUGGUAAAAAAAGGAAAAUCCAAAUUCAACCCUCAAAAUAAAAGCAGUGACGCAUAUUUAAACUACAUAAUGCAAUUUAAAAGAAUUUUAAGUUGCGAGGUUUCUGAUGUAAAUUCUCACACCCUAUACGCUCUUAUAAGCUAUCUUGUUGAGGUUAUCAAAAAUGAAGACAUGAAUAAAAUGAACGUUAAAAACAUUUCUAUUGUUUUUUCACCAACAUUACAUAUUGAUACAAAGAUUUUAAUUGAAUUCAUUUCAAACUAUAAGUUUUAUUGGGAGAAAGGGGAUUAUAUUCAAGAAAUAGAUCGUAAAGAGGUUGAAUCGAUCAAUAUACCAUUUUACUAA